UUGUUGAUGCUCCCCUGCUCUAAUACGAUCGCGAAGUGCUAUUCCUUAUCUAUUUUCUUUCCGUUUAUUAUUUUAGCUCGUCUUCUAGGCAAGCCUGCUCGAGAUGGCGGACGGCAACUAUCCCACCACUGGGCAAUGGACCACUGGCUGCUGCGGCUGCUUCGAGGACUGUAACUCAUGUUGCUGCGUUUUGUGGUGCCCCUGUGUCGCCGUCGGACGAAUUGCCGAGAUUGCUGACGCAGGAGAAGCUGACUCGGGUCAGACAUGUCUUUUCUGGUACCUGCUCGAAUGUUUGACUCGCUGCGGGUGUCUCCUGGCACACGGGUACAGAAGAAAGCUCAGGUCGAAAUACGGCCUUCCUGCGAAGCCGUGUGGCGACCUGUGCAUGCACUGUUUCUGCGAGUUCUGCUCCAUUGCCCAGGAGUAUCGCGAGCUCAAGAACCGCGGCUGGGACCCCUCCAUUGGUUACCUGGGGAACAAGAACAAGUCUCCCCCGCCUCAGCAGUUCAUGCAGUAAAGCCAGUCUAGUAUUAUGGGAGAUCACUUUGUAGCGGGUUAUAGGUUACAUUUGGGUUUCGGCAUGGUUCAGUAAGGUAUUGCCUAGGUGAGACGACGUGUAUGUUGCUUUGAAAUCCUGAAUUGUUUGUAGGCACCCGCCGUUUUUUUUUAGAUUCUUGAUGCUGCAGUGAAAGUUUACCCAUGUGAAAAGAAUGCAGUCA